UCCAAUACCGUGUAUUUACCAGCAGGAGUACUGAAACGGGGAGAGGGGCUUUUUCCGCAGCCUACCGGAGAGACCGCAAAAGACUAACGUAGGGAGAGGACACACAAACUUUCGGACAGAGGACCGAAACGUCAAUUAUCGGUCCUAGAGUCGUUUUUUAAUCGUACCCCCAUCCCAUCUUUCACCCAGCAGCCUCACGUACUUUGUCGCAGUUCAUGGGAAGUGAUUUACUGGGCAAUGGUGAAGAGGGACACAUUUUGCGGAAUUCUCGCCUUUACCUGUGUUUUCCAGCCUAAACUUCACGUCUGAGGGGAAACACUGAGUCUUAUUUACACCUCAGAGUAAAGCAGCCAGAGGGGCUUCAGCUGCCCUGCACCACUGGAGCCUUCAAUAAUGUCGGGGCCAACACACCACAACCGGCCUCCUCGCUUCUGACCUAACAUGGAGCUUAAGGUCUGGGUGGAUGGAGUCCAGAGGGUCGUCUGCGGGGUCACCGAGGCAACCACCUGCCAGGAAGUGGUGAUUGCUUUGGCUCAGGCCAUAGGUCGCACUGGGAGAUACACUCUGGUUGAAAAAUGGCGGGACACAGAGCGUCACCUUGCCCCUCAUGAGAGCCCUGUGGCAUCUCUGAACACCUGGGGUCAGUACGCAGGUGACGUCCAGCUAAUCCUGCUUCGCACAGGCCCCUCCCUCACCGAACGACCCCCCUCAGAAGGACCCCCUCUCAGGGGGCCUGAACGAGGGCUACAUCGACAGAGCCUCCCUCCGCUUGCAAAACUUCGUCAUCCUAAUGAUCGCUCCCUCAGGCGCCGCGAACCACGCCGCAAGUCGCUCACGUUCACCGGUGCUCCCAGAGGCCUUAGGGAGAUACUGAGUGGAGGCCGGAUCGUUGAAGCAGAAGCAAAAAGAAGAAUCCUCCUGGGAAAUGGUGGAAAUCACCAUCAUGCAGGACCCCCCAUGGGGACUGCCUCUCCGGGCCUGUGGGCCUGUCGCAUGGAGGAUCUAGUCAGACUCGUGAGCAUACAGAGAGACACUCUCAAUGUGCUGGAGAAGAAGCUGGAGGCCUACGAGGCAGAGCUCCAGGUUUGGGCUGAAGGACGAGGAGGGCGAGGUGGAGGGUGUAUCAUGGACCCAGGUGUUGGAGGAGGAGGGGGGCUGAUAGAGGAAAUCCUGAGGCUGGAGAAACAUCUGAGAAAGAACGAGGUGGAGAUGGAGGAGGAGGAGUUUUGGGCAACAGAGCUGCAGAUUGAGCUGGAGAGUGAGAGGCAGCUGGAAGAGAGACUGCAGGAGCUGCGAGGGCGUCUGCAGGGCUGUGAGCUGGAGAUUGAAGAAAAGCUGGCAAUGGUACAGGUGUGCUGUGUGUGGGAGAUUAUUGGGAUAUUAAAUAAAAAAUAUUUAAGUAGAACUUUCAGUAAAAAAAUAACUGUAAUUGUAAUGAAUUUAGCUAUUAAAAGUGUUUCUGAGUCUUUUCCUUUAUUAUUUGACCAUCAGGGUGUAGAGGUUGGCCUGGAGGAGGAGCGGCUGCAGAGGGAGCAGCAGGAGACCCAGUGGGUGAGUGAGGCAGAGGCUCGGGCUCAGGUCCUCAGGGUCAAAGCCGAACUGAAAUCUCAAGAAAGGCAAGCUGUCCAGCUCGAGAGCAGCAGCAGAGCGGUGGACAGAUCAAUCGGACAAAGCGGCAAGAAACUGCUGGACAUGCAGCACGAGCUGGAGCAGCUGACCAAGGAGCUGAGGCAGGUUAACCUGCAGCAGUUCAUCAAGCAGACCGGCACCAAGGUCACCGUGCUGCCCGCUGAACCCACUGAGGAUGAAAGUACUCCAAACAGUCAUGGCAUAGAUUUAGUUCCCUUGACUGGCUCCUUGAAGCGCCCUGUGUCGUCCCACCAGAUGUCCAGUCACCUUCGGGUGCUCCACAGUCCUCUCAGUUCAGGCCUGAACCCAGAGGGGAUCUACGUGUGAUCAGUUCUGCUGUAAGUGGAUAGCUCUGUACUGGAUACCUCAGUAGCACACUUCUAUGCACUGUUGUCGCGAUCAGAUGAAGGCAGACUCGAGUGUAAAGACUGAGAUAGUGAAGGAACAGUGUCUUUGAGUGGAAGUCAUGGAGCACUUGGUGGGAGUGAAAGGUGGUUCAAGACGUAAAGAAGUAACUCCCUGAACAUGUAAGGACCUUCUUAUCUUAAGCUCUUCUUUAUAACCAUGUCCACUCAGUGUACUUUUACUCUCACUUUACCACCUGCUGAAUGAUCAGUUUGUUUUCUCUCUAGCAUCAUGGUUUUAAAUGAUUGCCUUUUCAACAGCAUUAUUGAGAAUCUUUGUAUGUGAAUCUAUGAACUAUAUCCUUAAAAACAUGUAAUAUCUGCAAUGAAAGCAUUUUACCCAGCAUAGUGACUGGCUCUUACAGAAGAAAUGAAGGAUCGACAUGUGUCUGUGAUAAAACUGUCAAGAAUCUUUCAUUCUGCAUAUCAGAAUUUAUUCCUGUAGCUCUGGCUGUAUUCAUGUUAAAACUAUGCACAAACGGUAAUGGUUUUGUUACUGAAGAAUAUUACUGUCUGUACGCACCAAAAUGAUGGUUUACUGUAAAUACUUUUCAGCUUUAUUCAGCAAAUUAUUCUAUUUUAUUACAGGGAUGUGCAUUCACAGCUACAAAAAGGAGUGCCCUCAUUCCUGCAGUCAUAUCUGCAUAAUGAAACAGUGUUAAUUAUCCUUUUGAGCUGUUAUUUUUGUUCUUAUUGUUAAGAUGACUACACAAUAUAUUUUUGCCAAAUCUAUUAUGCUUGUUUCUUCAAAGGAUUGGUGGCCAAAGAUUAGCAGGUCUUGUUGCAUGAUUGUGUUGUUUAUAUAGCCAUAUCUGGAUGUGCAGGGCGACCACAGUACAGUAAAUCAAUUAUUUCCUGGUUUAAAUGGUGGCAUGUAAUAAUCCAAGGGAUAGCUACAGCAUCAGUGUGAGUGAACAGUGAUUGGAAAGACUUGUAUGCGUGUGGUUGUAUGUGUGUUUGUAGAGUCAGAGUAGCCACGGUAUGGAGCGCCUCGUAGGUUGUAGUUCAGCUGCUAAUCACAUCAAAGUGCCUUAUAGUCAUUCCACAGUUGUUGUAUUCAAAUAAUGUACAGUGAAGCUUUAGUAGAGACAUUGAAGCAAUGAUUGUAGUCAGGUUAGAUCAACAGAGAGACGUAGAAAUAGCGCAGCAGCAAAAAGGAAACUGUAAUGUUUUAUCUGUCUGUCUGUUUUGUAGAAAUGUCAGUGGAAAGAACAUUGUUUAUAGUGCUUUCCACUUUGCGACUGUAUUACUGUAGCCAUAGUAAAAUGUGCUGUAGAAUGCAUUUAAUGUCAUCUGAUUUACUUCAUCAUGCAACACUUACUGUAUCCUUCAGUCAUCAAUGUACUGGCCCCUAGCAAUUCAUUGUUAGAAAUAAAUACUGACAGGAAGUUCCCCCUGUGACAUUCAGUAUCCACACAAACAUCAGCAGCAGAGUGUCUCCCUGUUGUUCAGAUAAAGGAGACCCUGAUUCUAAAUUCUGAUUUUUAAACUGAUAGUCUUGUGUGUUUGGUUGUAAUUUCCCUUUAAGAAACCACUUGUGUGCAUUACCCACCCUAGGAUGAGAGGUAGCUGUGGUCACUGUUUACAACCAUAUAUGUUCUGUAGAACUGUAAGAUGUCGACUGUACAUAACCUGUUUUUAUUGUUUCCUGCCUUAAUAUACUGCAAAGUGUUGACUGAUGUAUGGCUGUAACUGGCUGCUGGUAUGACUUUGAUUGCAUGAUUCAAUAAACCAUCUGACUAAAUGA